AUGGAAAUCUGGCAGAUUUCAAUGGAUCACCGUAAGAUGCGAACAAAUGAACAAGACACCUUCAUAAUGGAUGUAUCAACAGUGAGUAGCAUGAAUAAACUAGAUGCAUCCCAUGCCCCUUCCUCAGACAUAUCUGCAAGACAAUCAAACAUAUCCACAAGUUCUGGAGGAUCAAUUGCAGAUGCUGGAAAGACUCAUGACAACAAGAAAGGAAUAACUCUGAGUAGAAGAGAAGUACCCUAUGUUUAG